AGGUGCCAAAGUUUGAAGUGGUUUAAACUAUGAAGUUGAGAAUAGUCUUCCGUAGUUAUAAAAGAACUUCAUAAAUGAUCGUGAUCCAAUGAUUAUUUCUCAUUCAGUAUCCUCAAAUUAUGCUAAAGAUUUGGAGGAGGAGGAGGAGAAGAAGAAUAAGAGCAUAUCAUGAAACUAGAAAUAUAUCAACAACCAAUAUCAUUAAUAAAGCUCUAUAUUUCUCAACCGGGAACCGAUAUUUGAAUAUUUGAAUCCACCAGAUGCACAAAAAGAACGAUAUCAGAGAGCGACAAGAUGAGAGCUUUGCAUCACUGCCUUCAGCGAUCCUCAACCGAUCCAAUCCCCUCAAUCAAACUUCUCUCCUCCCUCUCUGAAGCCCUGACAACAAACCCCGAUCUCAAUCCCCGCCCAAACCCCCGUCCUCCUCCUCCUCCUCAAUCAUCCAACAGUCCCCCCAUCAGACAGAUCACCAAUCUCAACAAUGCCCAUUUCUCCAAAUCUUUUAAGCAUCACUUCCCGAGAUCUGCACACCAUCAGUUUGAUAAAAUUCCCCAACCAAACCUCAACUCUGAAUACGUUGACCCUCUUAGCGCUUUAACCGGAAAGCAAGCAUCUGGUCUCGACCCAGAUCAAUUCGAUUAUGGGAAUGCACUUUCGACUUGUGCCGCAUCCCAGAACCUCAACUUCGGUGAACAGAUCUUCUCCCUUGUGAUGAAAAAUGGCUUCUUUUCCGACGGGUAUGUUGUUACCGGGUUAAUAGAUUUGUUCUCAAAGAGCGGUAGGUUUGAUGAUGCCUUGAGAGUGUUUGGGGAGAAUUAUGGUGGCAAUGUGGUUUGUUGGAAUGCUAUUAUCGCUGGGGGAGUGAGGAAUGGGGAGAAUUUGAUUGCUCUGGAUCUCUUUCGAAGGAUGGUAUGUGAAUUUUGUAUGCCAAAUGGAUUUACAUUCUCGAGCUUAUUGAGUGCUUGUGCUGUGUCUGGGCUUUUCGAGAUGGGGAGAGCUAUUCAUGGAUGGGUGCUUAAAUGCAAUGUCAAGAAUGAUAUUUUUGUAGGAACCGGUGUUGUUGAUCUUUAUGCAAAAUGUGGCCAUAUGGAUGAUGCAGUAAGGGAGUUUUCACGGAUGCCAGCACGUAAUGUUGUUUCGUGGACUGCCAUGAUUUCAGGCUUUGUUCACAACGAAGAUGCUUAUAGUUCUGUUAAAAUUUUCAAAGAAAUGAUACAGAAUGGUGUAGAGGUCAAUAAGUACACUCUUACCAGUGUACUCCUGGCAUUCUCUAAAUCUUUCAUGGUAAAAGAGACAAUGCAAAUCCAUUGUUGGACAUGGAAGAACGGGUUAUUUUUUAUGGAUUUUGUAGUCAAGGAGGCUUUCAUCAAUACUUAUGCCAGACUUGGAGAGCUUAAAAUGUCAUUGAAGAUAUUUGAGGAGAUGGGCUUGACGAAGAGCCUGAGCACUUGGUCGGCUAUGAUCUCUGGUCUUGUUCAAAAUCAGAUGCUGAGAAGAUCGGUGGAGCUCCUCAAGAGGAUAUUUCAUGAAGAUUUAAAACCUGAUAAGAAAUGUAUCUCCAGUGUUCUAAGCAUUGUUGGUGACAUAGAAUUAGGAAGAAAUAUUCAUUCUUAUUCUAUAAAAGCAGGGUUGCUACGUGAUGUUCUGGUAGCUAGCGCACUCUUCACCAUGUACUCCAAAUGUGGAAGCAUUGAAGAUAGUUAUGAAUUGUUUACACAAAUGGAUGAAAGAGAUAGCAUAUCAUGGACCUCGAUGGUUUCAGGUUUUGCUGUCCAUGGGCACGCUGAAAAGGCAUUUCAGCUAUUUAGGGAAAUGGUUCUUGAAGGAGUUCACCCUGAUCAAACUACUCUUUCUGCUGUACUGAUGGCUUGCUAUGAUUCUCAGUUUUUGAUGAAAGGGAAGCAAAUCCAUGCGUAUGCACUUCGUCAUGAACUUGGAAAUGAAACUAUUGUUGCUAGUGCUCUUGUGUCUAUGUAUUCCAGAUGCAAGAUAUUAGAAAGUUCCAGAAGAGUUUUUGACGGAAUUUCAUGCAAAGAUCAGGCCAUGUGCUCCUCCUUGGUCUCAGGUUAUUCUACAAAUGGUUAUAGCGAAGCAGCUCUCUCUGAAUUUCAUUGUAUGGUAGUUUCUGGUUUUGGAUUAGACCAUGUAACAUGCUCAUCAGUUCUUCAAGUGUGUGCUAACUUGUCAAAACUAGACUUGGGAAAACAGUUGCAUGCUUAUGGAAUCAAAGGAGGGUUAAUGUCCCAAUGCGCAGUGAGCAGUGCUCUAGUUACAAUGUACUCAAAGUGUGGAAGCAUUGAUGAUUCUUAUGAAGUAUUUGAUGAGAUAGAACAACCAGAUUUGGUAGCAUGGACAGCUCUCAUUGAUGGGUAUGCUGAGCAUGGAAGGGGUUUGGAAGCCCUGGGUAUCUUUCAACAGAUGAAACUUAACAGAGUAAAACCUGAUUCAGUAACUUAUUUGAGUAUUUUAUCUGCUUGUAACCAUAAUGGUUUGGUUAAUGAAGGUGUCGCCCACUUUAAUUCCAUGAGAAAAGAUUAUGGGAUUGAACCAGAGCAGCAUCACUAUGCUUCUGUUGUUGAUUUACUCGGUCGAUCAGGUAGGCUGAAGGAGGCUGCAAAUUUUAUUGAUAGAAUGCCUGUAGAACCGGACUGGUUGGUGUGGAGCGCGUUGCUUGGUUCUUGUACAGUACAUGGUGAUGUUGAGCUAGCAAGGUUAGCUGCUAGAAAGAUUCACGAGCUAGCACCUCAUGAGUCAGUACCUUAUAUCUCUGCCUCAAAAAUCUCUUCUCAGGUGGGGGACUGGGAGGAAGCUGUGAGGAUAAGAAAUGCAAUGAAAGGAGAUGGUAUCAACAAGGAACCUGGUUUGAGUUUUUUUUGAGCAACAAUAUACUUACAG